AUGCCCUCUGCGACUGGUACAAAACGCGUCAGGGGAGUUUCAGUUUUCAGGCCAUUUGUUUUUGGCAGCGAGGCACAACCCUUUGAUCCCGCGAAGAAACCACCCCACGUUCCUGCCGACCACACCCACCAGUGGCGCGUAUUCGUCAAGGGAGUCAACGACGAAGACAUCUCCUACUGGUUAAAGAAGGUUCAAUUCAAGUUACACGAGACAUACGCGCAGAAUGUGCGUACAGUCGAGCAGCCGCCGUUCGAAGUGGUAGAGACCGGAUGGGGUGAAUUUGAGAUUCAAGUUAAACUUUACUUCGUCCCUGAAUCGACCGAGAAGCCCCAGACAUUAUGGCAUAGUCUGAAACUACACCCAUACGGCCCGGAUGCGGAAGGGAGGAAGGAACGCCGGGAGGUAGUGAUUAGCCAGAAUUACGAGGAGAUUGUAUUCAACGAGCCUGUGGAGCAGUUCCAUGACCUUCUCACUGGAGGAUCUGCCACUGGUCAACAACAAAAGGGCAAAGGAGGAAAAAACGCCAAGCAGGCCUUACAACAACGCAAUGCCAGGACAGCCGAGAUUCCUUUCAACGAGACAGCCGACAACCCGUACAGCAGAACAACAGAAAACAAGGAGAUAGAUCGAUUGGGAGAGGCCAACAAGACUGUGGAGCAGAUGAUCAAGGAGGAGAAGGAACGGCUCGUGGAACGUGAAAAGAAACUGGCCGAACUAAGAGAAAGCGAAGGAGUCCCCACCACCACCACGAAGAAGCGAUAA